UUACUUUUCUCCGAUUUAACGCAGUGAAUGUAAGGGAUACCGCUGCAUGAUUUCACCGGACACGUCUAGCCGUUGGGGGUGUUUUCUGUUCCAAAACGAGGCGGAGCUUGAAUUCCAAACUGGAUUGAGUUCCUCCCGAUACGUCAUUCUGGGAUAGGCUGCGAGCAGUCGAGCAACGCUGUCAGUCAACAGGGUUUCGGGUUGGUUACCUAGGCAUUCUCGGGACGGGACCCCCAAGCAGGAGAAAGUAGCCUUGCCCAUCGCGGGUUUCUGGCUCUGGGAUUAAAGUGAUCGCCAGUCCCACAGCUUUCGUCGAAACUGCCAGUAGGGAUUCAUGCUGUGUUGGUUAGCUAAAUGCGGUACGAAGCUAAAAUGAUGCCGAUGUUCCUGACAGUGUACCUCAGUAACAAUGACCAGCAUUUUACUGAGGUUCCCGUUACCCCGGAGACACUGUGCCGGGAUGUGGUGGAGCUGUGCAAGGAGCCGGGGGAAGCAGACUGCCACCUGUCUGAGAUGUGGCGUGGAUCUGAACGAGCUGUAGGUGACGGGGAGAGGAUGCUGGAUGUGCUCCAACGAUGGGGACAACACAGGGCCGAGGUGCGCUUCUUCCUGCGUCACAAUCGAGCCCUUAGCAGGGAAUCGGGUGGGUCAAGAGGCUCAGAGCAGAAGAGGAAUGGAGUGAAGGGUCCCCCAGACAGAAGAAUGGAGAAUGGGGUGGCGACACCCCGGAUGGACAUGACGCUGACCGAACUGCAAGAGAUGGCUGCCAGACAGCAGCAACAAAUAGAAGCUCAACAACAGCUCCUUGCUUCCAAGGAGCAGCGGCUGCGCUACUUGAAGCAGCAGGAGCAGCGUCAGCAGCAGCAGGCCUCGGAGCAGGAGAAGCUGCAACGCCUCCGAGAGAACAUUGAGAACCAGGAAACUCGGCUCAAGAAGGUUCGGGCCCUCAAGGGCCAAGUGGAGCAGAAGCGCCUCAGUAAUGGCAAACUGGUGGAGGAAAUAGAGCAGAUGAACAACCUGUUCCAGCAGAAGCAGAGAGAACUAGUGAUGGCUGCGUCCAAGGUGGAGGAGCUUAGCCGACAGCUGGAGUUGCUCAAAAAUGGCAAAAUGGACAACUUCAAUGACAACCAGAGCUCUGUGGCUGAACUAGACCGCCUCUACAAGGAGCUACAGCUGAGGAACAAGCUCAACCACGAUCAAAACUCUAAGUUGCAGCAGCAGAGAGAGGGCCUGAACAAGCGCAACCUGGAGGUUGCUGCCAUGGACAAACGGAUCAGUGAGCUCCGAGAUCGGCUGUGGAAGAAGAAGGCAGCACUGCAGCAGAAGGAGAACUUGCCUAAUGGCUAUCCUGGUAAAGAGAGGGCUUCAAAAGACACUCAUCCUCAGGUGCCCUCUGAUGGCCAAGCUGGACAGCAGUCAGGUCCGUCUCGUGUGGCGGCGGUUGGCCCAUACAUCCAGUCGUCCACCAUGCCCAGGGGCCCAGUGAGGCACGACCUGCUUGUAAAACCAGCCUACCCGGACGGCACUGCCACCCUUCCAGCCAACGACCCACAGAGCAGGGCCGGCACAGGCCUUCAGCCAUCCAAACUGGCAGACUGGGACUCUUCAGGUCCAGAAUCCAGCACCAACGGUCAUGGUUCAGCUUCAACACUGCCACGAAUGGCCUCUCACUCCAACUCUAACACAGAACAAGAUGAGACGGAACUGAAGAGGGACAGGAAGGUGCGUCCAUUUUCCCUGUUCGAGCCAACGGAGGCUCCCAUUACCUCCCUCCGCAAAAACCAGAGCAGUGAUGACCUGGUCAGGGACGCUCAGUCUGCUCCCAAAGCUCCAGUCAAGGUGCCUCCUCCUGUUCCCACCAAACCAAAAGGCCCUGGUACCGUGCCCUACGGCAAACCAGGUCUCAACACGGGCACCUUCCCCAAAGCCAAGCCCCACAGCCAGCAGCCCCCGGCUGUCCAGGGCCGCAACCCUCUCUCUCCCUCACAAAGCCAGACACUCCCCCUACCCUCCAAGCAGGACACUCCACCUGCAGCCACGGUGCGGCCCUUCACCCCAGAGCUGCCCUCCUCCAAAGACGCCAGCCUGAGUAAGCCCCAGACCUUAGCGGCCAGGUCCAUUUACUCCAUGUACACGCAGCAGCCUGGCUCAGGGAAGCCUUUCAACCAGCCUGGGGUGCAGGGCGCUCUCAACCGGUCUCAGAGCCGCACCAAUGGAUUUGUCAGUGUGUAUGGUAAACCAGUGAUCCCCAGUGGAGGCUCCCUACAUCCAGAGAACCCUUAUAUGGACCGACGCUCCCCUGCCCUAGAAUCUGAGGUUGACCACAAUGGAGCCAACAACACGGGUCCCAGCCCAACUGAGGGCCCUCAACCAGAAACAGAGCGCACCCCCCGGCCCCUCAGCCCCACCAAGCUGCUUCCUUUCAUUUCCAACCCAUACAGGCAUCAGAGUGAUGGUGACCUGGAAGCCCUAAGAAAGAAACUCUACAAUGCCCCAAGGCCCCUGAAGAAACGCAGCUCCAUCACUGAACCAGAGGGUCCUGCAGGGCCCAACAUUCAGAAACUCCUCUACCAGAAGACCACACUGGCAGCUAUGGAGACUGUGACUACACCAACCACUCCCACCUAUGCUGGUGAAGCAGAGAAGGCGACGGAGGGAUCUGUGGGGCCACAUGUUCCAAGCCCUCCGAGUGGUGCAGAGAACCACCCAUCAGAAACGGGACAGACUCUGGAGGGAGGUCAGCUCUCAUCUCACAUCCCGGGUGCUAAUGUCCCCGUUCCAGCGCCUGCUGAACAGAACAAACCAUCUUCAGCCAUCCCAGAGAGCGAGGACAUCAUCCCACCUCCUCCCCCAUCCCACCCAGCUCCCAGGCCAGAUGACGCUCUUUUCCCACCACCACCAGUUGCUGGCUUGGAGGACUCAAUGGCCAGCCUGCCCCCUCCACCUCCAGAAGGCUUCCUGGAAGAGUUCCCCCCCUACCCACCACCCCCAUACCCCAGUGGUGCAGAGCAGGACAGCUUGGGAGAAGACACUUUUACCAUGAAGGCACCUGAGGUCACUGGCCAGGUCACUCUGCCACCGGGAAAGAGGACCAACUUACGCAAGCUUGGCUCUGUACGCAUCGAUCACGACAUGAGAGUGAAGUUCAACCCGCUGGCUCUGCUGCUGGACUCUUCUCUGGAGGGAGAGUUUGAUCUGGUCCAGAGAAUCAUCUAUGAAGUGGAGGAUCCCAGUCAGCCCAACGAUGAAGGCAUCACUGCUCUGCACAAUGCCGUCUGUGCCGGACAUACGGAGAUUGUCAAGUUUCUGGUUCAGUUUGGUGUCAAUGUCAAUGCUGCUGACAGUGACGGCUGGACACCUCUUCACUGUGCUGCAUCCUGCAACAAUGUGCAAGUGUGCAAGUUCCUGGUGGAGUCUGGUGCGGCGGUGUUUGCUAUGACUUACAGUGACAUGCAAACGGCAGCUGAUAAAUGUGAAGAGAUGGAGGAGGGCUAUACCCAGUGCUCUCAGUUCCUCUAUGGUGUGCAAGAGAAGAUGGGCAUCAUGAACAGGGGGGUGGUCUACGGCCUGUGGGACUACAAUGGCGAAAACCCUGAUGAACUGUUGUUCCGCGAGGGAGACUGUAUGUCCAUCAUCCGCAGAGAAGACGAGGACGAGAUCGAAUGGUGGUGGGCACGCAUGGGCGACAAUGAGGGGUACAUUCCCCGAAACCUCCUAGGGCUCUACCCCCGAAUAAAGCCAAGACAGAGAACCCUGGCUUAAAACACAAAGAUCCCUGCACAUUCCAGUCUGACAGAACUCACACACACACACACACACACACACACACACACACACACACACACACACACACACACACACACACACACACACACACACACACACACACACACACACACACACACACACACACACACACACUCAUACAUCCACACAGGCUUAAAGAGACUGGGGAACAGAAGGACACUGCUGAAAUGAAGAGACAAGGACAGACCAAAA